AAUAUUUACCCAGUCGUUGAUCGUUUUCAGUGAACCGAGUGCGCAAAGCGAUUGCCAAUCGAAUACAAUCAAUCGAAACUACAAUGUUCUAUUGAACAAACAUACGUUAGACAAACACGGCCAAUAACGCGGACAGACACAAACGCAGCUAAAUUAAAUAGCUAAAUUAAAAGGACAUUCAAAAGCUUUUACAUUACUUUCCACUUCAAUUAGAGAUUUCAAAGAUCAAAGUGUAUUCAAACGCCGGUAUAGUGGCGCUGGUGCGUGCGAGCAUAAAUUUAUGUGUCAGACAAGAGUAUCGACUUGUGCAAAUGCUAAUCGUUUAAAUUUCAAAUAAACAAACAGAACUCUUAAAGAAAUUGAAUUUUCGAAAUUUUUCGCUUCCAUUAGCGUCGUUGUGUGUGGGGCACAGUGAUUUAGUGCUUUUGUGUUCUUGCUCUUUGACGCAGCAACAAACUCUGAAAUCACCAAAAGUCAGCGCGAUAACGCGAGAAAAGCAAAAAUAGGAAAACAAAUAAGAAAAUCGCUAGCAAAACAAAUCGUGCUGACAUCGAAUUUGAAUAUCACACAGCCGCAGAAUAAAUAAAUAAACAGUGCAAAAUGGAAAUACAGAAUUUGCACGAACCAACAAUGUUGGGGAAUAAGAGGAAUUUCGCGAAAAAAGACGCGAUUAUCCUUGAGGCGCGGUACACGUUGUCGGAUCUGUACCCAAUACGAAGGCUAACACAAAAGAUGGAUAAUGUACUGAAUAUAACCGGUGUAACACAGUCCAAACCUCCAGCUUCCACCCCCUAUACAGUGGAACUCAUUACCGACAAGGAUAAGGAGGCAGUAUUAGCGAUGCUGCGGAGAUUUUUUUUCAAGGAUGAACCGCUUAAUAAAUUUCUGGAUUUGGGUGAUUGUAAGGAGCUGGAGGAAUAUACGCUGAAAUGUGUUAAGGAUAAUUGUUCCUUCAAAGCCGUUCACAACAACGGUGAUUUGAUCGGAAUUUUCCUUAAUGGACUUUUGAAAAGAUCUCCACCAGUCGCAAAUCCGGAUGAAAAAGCAGCCGAUUCUUGCCAGCACGCGAAGUUCAAGAAGAUACUGGCGCUUUUUGAAAGAAUCGAGGAGAAUUUUAACGUUUUCGAUUUGUAUCCCGACACCGACGUUAUACUCGACGGAAAAAUACUUUCAGUCAAUACCGAAUAUCGUGGUCUCGGCAUCGCUGGACGUCUCACUGAAAGCACCCUGGAUUACAUGAAGGAGCACAAUAUUCCGGUAAUGCAUGUACUGUGUUCCAGCCACUAUUCGGCCCGUGUUAUGGAGAAACUUGGCUUCCAUGAAGUAUACAGUCUCAAUUAUUCCGAUUACAAAGUCAAUGGUGAAGUGGUGUUCACACCAGCAGAACCCCAUGUGGCCGCACGUAUUUUGGUCAAAGAGAUCGCGGACGUCAAUCGCAGGAGCACACUGUAAAUAUUCCCGGAGUGACUGAGCAGUGUGGCCACUUUACUAUGUCAAUUGGUUGUAAACAAAUUUUUAAAUGUGAAGAAUAAAUGUUAUUUAGUUAUUAAUAUUAACCACUUGGUGAGGGUGUAAUUCAAUUAAAAAGUACAAUAAAUAAAUGUUACUAACCACACAUA